AUGACAACCAGUACCCAUCAGUUUGAUUACAAUCGAAGAAAUUCUAAUACAGCACCUUAUUCUAUACCCAUAAAGCAGCAACAACUGCAGCAAACACAGCAACACUAUCCCCACUUCAGCAAUAACCAUCACCAAUACCUUUCAUAUCUGACAAAACAAACUUCCACGAUGCAACUGCAAUCAUAUCCAGAACAUUAUAAUACACAGUCAUAUCAUACAUUGCACAAUUCACAACUGGACUCGUCCUCAAAUGGUUAUCAUCAACAAUACACAUCAAUAAAUCAUCACGAAAAUCAGCCCUCCGUGCAACCUGUACACAAUUUUGGCGGAAAUACCCAACACCAACACCAACAGCUGUAUCAAUAUAAUAAUCCCCAACAGCAGCAGGUGGAAACCCAACAAAUCCAGCCACACUCCCAAAAUCCCCAACAGGAAGCUCAAGAAAAGCACCCACAACAACAUUAUCCUGAAGAUCUGUCAGCUAUAGCGUCCCCGCCACUUAAUGGACAAACAUUACCCAAGCUUUCACGAGAAUUUGUUGUGCGUCGAAUCAGUGAAGGAGAAACGGGUCGAGUUAAAGAAGAAUUAAGAUGUGAAGCAUGUGGUAAAGGAUACAAACAUAUCUCAUCGCUAGCCAAACAUUUAUGGGAACAUACACCUGAAUGGAACGUUACUAAAAAAUUGUUAAUUUCAAAGCAUCAACAAGUACAAUUAUUAGAAGCGGCUAGUAUAUUGGUAGGAAUGAAUCAUGAUAUGAAUGGGAAUGCCAAUGGCGAUGGUCGAGGUCUUAAAGGAAUAAGAAGUACAAGUGUUCAUGGAGGUCCACCAGCUUCUUUAAAACUUCUUCAUAGAAGAGGUACAUCUGACCAAUUGGCCAACUUGCCGUCGCCAUUCUCACCAACUAGUGAACAUGACAACAAUAGUAAUAACUUUGAAAAUGGGACGACCACGACUUUAUCAGCAAAUGGUAGUGAUACAAUUAAACUACAGCAAGCACAAUUACCAUCAGGGUCAGCAAUACAUUCAGAUUCAGACAAUCAUAGUGAAGUAGACUUGGAUGAAAAUGGAAAAACCAGCACAACACACAACAACAACAAUACUUUCAUUCAUCAAUACCAAAAACCUGAUUCUUAUAACAACCAAAAUGGUUCAAGUGAGUAUCAAUUCAAUCCUCAUCAACCAUAUUCCAUUGUAUCUCAAUAUGCUUCACGAAAUGAUAUCAAACAGCCAACACCAAUUUCUCCAGCUGUACAUCCUCAACCAUCGUCAUCAUCACCAUCAUCGACGUCAGCUUCAUCGCCUCCUGCUCCGCCAAGAACAUUGAAUGGAAAUAGUAGGAAUCAUUACUUUAUAACUAAUCAGUGA